AUGACCCAUGAUAAAGUACUUUUUGCCGUUCAUACUCCUAUUCCAUCAUCAUCGAGUAAAUCAUUUCUUCGAUCAUAUAAACAAGCACGUCGUCGAGAUGAUUCCAGUGGUAUUGUCAGUUAUGGUACAACAGACUCAGAAACCGUUUAUCAGACAAUGGUAGGAAAACCAACAGCAAAUAAAGCAUGUGAACUAGUUCUCGCCGAAUUACCAUUUAAUGAAUUCACACCAAGUGGCCAAUGCAAAUAUAGACGUACUUUAGUUCAAUCAUUUCUUUUUAAGUUUUAUCUAUAUGUUUGUUCGAAACUGUGGCAAACAUUAGUCGAACAAAAACAUAUGUCGGCUGUGUAUAUUUAUCGGCGAUCUGUAUCUCAUGGCCAACAAACAAUACAUGAACGGUCUCUGAUCCAUAGAGUUGUCAGUGUUGCGUUGCUACAUGGAUCAGCCUAUGUGCAGAUGACAGGUGAAGCCAAAUAUAUGAACGAUUUACCAUUAUUGUCCAACACUCUUUAUGCUGAAUUUUUACUUAGUACUGAACCACACGCUCGCAUUACGAAUAUUGACACUGAGACUGCUCCACCAUUGUCAGGUUUCGUAUCCUUUAUCAAUCACACGGAUGUACCUAGUAGCAACAUGACAGGCAUUCUUGUUCACGAUGAAGAAGUAUUCGCAUCAUGUGUUGUUCCAUAUGUUGGUGCAAUUAUUGAUCUUGUCAUUUGUGAUUCAGAACAAACAGCUAACAUAGCAGCUCAUUUAAUACAAAUCGAUUAUGAAUUUUAG